UGACAAAAUCCUUCUAGAGGUGCCGGUUUGCCGGUCACGCAGGAGAAUGGCCCAAUUGAUUCGUGGGAUCGCCGAGUCCCCCAGCUAGUCGAGGCUGGGGGCUGCUUCUAUUGCAGCGGGGGCUGCGGAGUUGAGUCAAUUGCGAAUCGAUCCUGGACUCUAUUAUUAAUCCUUGCAUAGGUUUUUAGAUGCACUAUGGAUGCCUUGUUUAUAAUAUGGACUGGAGGCGACUUCUGGGGGCUGUUGCCAGAGGCCGAGCGUGGGUUGUUGAACUCCCCAAGGCGAGAGUUUUAGAUGCGCGUUGAGAAACAUGAAUUCCUUUUCAUUAACCCAGAGCCUCGAGUUUGAAGAAGGCGGCGAGAUCCAAAAUACACACCAGUUGGAAAUCGCGGGAGAGGAGCACGCAAUAGAAGAAGAGAAAGCCUUUUCUGAGAGAAGGGUUUCCUCCGUUCGGGAUGGAGGUAGCGACAAGGAUCUCGAGGUGGGAACUGACGCCCAGCAGACAGACGAGGAGGAACAAACGGCAGAACUGCACGAUCCGAACAUUGUCGGCUGGGAAGGUGACGAGGACCCUGCUAAUCCCAUGAACUGGAGUGCGACUAUGAAGUGGACGAUGACGGGGAUUGUCUCGCUCAUCACUUUUAUUGUGCCCCUGGCCUCUUCGAUGUUUGCGCCUGGUGUCACGCAGGUCACGGAAGAGUUCCACGUCUCGAACACAAUGCUCGAGGAGCUCGUGGUCUCGAUCUAUAUUCUCGGCCUGGCCUUUGGGCCUCUCUUACUGGCCCCGCUCAGUGAAGUGUACGGCCGUUGGGUCAUAUACACCGUGUCCAACAUUUUUUACACCGUGAUGACGAUCGCCUGCGCUGUUUCAAGCGACAUGAGCAUGCUGAUCGUAUGGAGGUUUCUGGCUGGUUGUGCAGGGUCCUCGCCUCUGGCUAUUGGCGCAGGCACCAUCGCGGACCUAUUCCCGAUCCACCAGAGAGGUUUAGCCUUGUCAUUCUACGCUCUUGGCCCCAUCGUUGGCCCAGGUAUAGGCCCCGUUGUAGGCGGCUUUCUUGCGGAAGCAAAAGGAUGGAGGUGGAUAUUCUGGCUGUUGACCAUCAUGAGCGGAGCAAUAACAGUGGCACAAAUAGCUUUCAUGAAGGAGACAUAUGCCGUGACCCUUCUCGCUCGGAAGACUAAGAGACUGCAGAAGUCAACAGGCAACCUGCAGCUCCGGUCCAAACUCGACAGCGGCAUUCCGGCGAGGGAAAUCCUCAUACGAGCCAUCAUUCGCCCUGCGAAGCUCACCUUACUGUCCCCGAUUAGUAUUCUGCUCUCAAUCACAGCUGCAUUUAUCUACGGCAUCCUGUACCUGCUUCUAACGACCUUCCCACUCGUAUUCGAGGCCCAGUACGGGUUUUCCAUCGGCAUUUCAGGCCUCACCUACAUCGGCCUCGCUGUUGGCAACACCGCUGGUCUCUUUAUCUUCAGCAUGACAAGUGAUCGGUACGUCAGCCGCCGCGCUGCACAGGGCAAGCUCAAGCCGGAGGACCGACUCUUCCCGUACUUCCUCGUUGCCGGCCCCCUGAUCGCCGGAGGCUUAUUCUGGUACGGCUGGACUGCCCAGGCCAAGACUCUCUGGAUUGCCCCCAUCGUGGGUUCUGCCUUGGUCGGCCUCGGCAACAUGCUCUUCUUCAUGCCCGUCAUGGGAUACUUGGUCGACGCCUUCACCGUCUACGCCGCUAGCGCCGUGGCCGCCAACACUGUCCUCCGCUCCGUCGGCGGGGCGCUGCUCCCCCUCGCUGCUGAAAGCAUGUAUGCUUCCCUGAACUACGGCUGGGGCAACUCCCUGCUGGCCUUCUUGACCUUGGCCUUCUCGCCGGCUUUGAUCGCGUUGUAUCUCUACGGCGAGAGGAUCCGUCUACGCUAUCCGGUCAAAGUUUGACUCGUCGAAAAUCGAUAAAGAACGGCCGGGAUUCAUCGUAUUGAAUCUGUUGCCAGCUUAGGAAGAAGGGGCUCUAAAAUAUCUAGUCAAUUAUAAUAAUUUAUAUACCUACAUAGAUACAUUUACAGAUAGCAGAGCAACACCGAAUAAAAGCACUCUUAUCUAUUAUCA